ACAGUGCGCAUGCGCAUAACCUGGGACGCUGCAGCCUCACCAAGGUAACGGCAAAGCCUGUAACCGAAUCUAAUCUUUCUCCACCAAGAGUGAGACAAAAACACUUCUUUUGUUCACGGACCUGUCUUUGCACUAGUAACCACUGGCUCAGAAUGCCUGUACGUUUUAAGGGAAUCAGCGAGUAUCGAAAUAAAUACAAGGGUCGAACAACACGAUCCAGAAGUGAUUCUCCACAUUGCAGGAUGAGACUGGCAGGACUGUGCUCUGACCAGUCAAGAAUUACUCAGGAACCACAAUUCAUAUCGAAAAGGAAAGUGCCAUUUUAUCCACCUCAGAUAUUCAGUUCUUUCCAAUGGGUAGGGCACGAUCCAUCUCCACAGCGUCAGGAGAAGAGGCCUGUCACUCCUCCAGCUGUCACACCUGUGCUCAGACUCAGAGCCUCUAGUGCAGAAAGAUUAGUGACCCCUCUUGCCCCAAGAGACCCCGUGCCACCAGAGGGCACCGCUGCACCAUCCCAACAACUACAGGCAGCUCAGACAUCCACCCCUGCGGCAGACCGGCAGCAACAGAAUGGAAUUAACCAUGUGCUAUGGAAAAGAGCGGGACUGAGAUCGGAGCGACAGAGGAAUGGCCGUUUGAGCUCUGAGUACCAGAGGCAGUUCAUGUGGAAGACGCCUGUGGCCGAUUCGCCCCUUCUAGCUGCACAUGAGAUGUUUAACAGUAACAACAGAGCCAUCCCCCCCUUCAAAUCAAACCCAAUAAUUAUGGAGAGUGAGUACAAGAGAAGUUUCAAAGGAUCACCUCCUUUCAGACCACCACGCUUGAGGCGAGAUGUUGAACAAUAUGAGGUCCCACAGCUUGAUGCAGAGAACACAACCCCAGAGAAGAGUAAGGGGAAGAAGAAGAAGAAGAAGAAGAAGAAGAAGGAGCGACAACAGAGCAGGAAAUCAAGCCCCAAAGAGGAAGUCACCCAUCGACAGCAACAGAAAGUGAGGUCACCCUGUGACCUGAGUGACACUUCACCCAAAGUUAUGAGGAAGGUGAAAACUGAGUACGAAUCCAACUUUCGUUCUCCCCUCCAGUAUAGUUACAGAGAUGGAGCAUGGGUGAAGAUCAAAACUGCAAAGGACGAGGGGUGUGAAGGUUUUCACGAGUGGUAUCAUGAGAUUCAGGAGCUACGUGAGAAGGCUGAGGCCUACAGGAAAAGGGCCUGGGGAACUCAUUUUUCUCGGCAGCACCUAAAUCAGAUCCUGUCAGAACACAACUGGAUGUGGGAGCCAUCAAGUGGCACCUCAUUGUCAUCCUCCAUUGAAUCUGAGGCCUGCAGAAACACUAGUAGCAGCCCUAUCAUCGAGGCUCUGGACCUGGCUAGGGUUGGAAGUGUCAGGAGAAGCUCUAGCCCUGGGCCUUCUGCUUCUGUGGCAGCCAACAGAAGCUCUCCUGGAGAGAUUGGUCUUCAUGAAGACCCCACCCUCCCUGUGCAGAGGAAGUUGGCCUGGGAUGAAGAAGAAGGACUUGGAGAGAGGGAUGAGUCUGAGAUUUCACAGGAGGGAGAAAAAAAUGAGGGGAAUCCAAAGGAUGAACAUGCGGACAUGAAAGAGAGAAAUGAAUUGUUGCAUACUGAGUCAUCAUCAGAGGUGGAUGGGUCUGGAGGUUCUAUUAACAGGGGCAGAUUGCCUACUCCCAAACUCAGGACCAUGCAGACUGUACAAAGAACACAUCAUGAUCGGACCACUCCAGCCACUGGAGGAGCUUUGCUUGUCUCUCCUCCGAAGAUCAAGCAUUCCUCCAGGAGAGUAAGGAGGAGUGAGCCACCUUUAGGAAAACCUUACUCUCCUUACAAACAUAUCAUAGACGGCUCUCCACAGAGGCCACACAGUAAGGCUGAGAGUGGAAGCUUGCCACAUUCCUCGCCAGCCGCUGGCCUGACCACUGUAGAUCCACUUCCCAUGCGUGAAGAGGCCUGCUCUGAGGAGGAGACGGCAGACCACUCCGCCAGUCCAAAACAACCCAAGCCAUUGCAAAAACAACAGACCAGUCACCGUCACAAAGCUGCUGUUCCUCCACCUGCCAACAGAAUCCAAGGCACAAUGAGAAACCCCGAAUUUCAGCAUAAUGGUAACCUGGGAAUUUUUCGGCCAGAGCUCUUUGUGUUUCCUGAAGCUGAAUCUUCAGAUGAUGAUAAGAUGUCUCAGAUCUCAUCUAGAUCAGCAGCCUCAUGCUCCAUGGCCUCUGAAAUCUUGGGUCGCGCUCAAAGAAGGAAGGAGGAAUUCUGGGGAAAAAGCUAAUGUGUCAACGCCCAUUAAUCAGUUGUGCGUAGACUGAAAAAUGGAGAUUAACUUCUCAAGAUGUAAACAUGUAAAUUUCCUUCUACCAUUUUUUACCAUCAAGCUUUUACUGAUUUGUCUUUGUGUGUGUGUGUGUGUGUGUGUGUGGUUUUGUUUUUGAUAGUUUGGUGUUUAAAGAAAUUUGUAAUUUAUUUACUUACAUUUUAAUAUGACUAUAUCAAUAUUGUGCGUUCAUGAAUGAUUUUGCUAAACACUAACUCAGUCUGCAAAAAGUAAUAAAAUUAAAUUUUUGUACAACGAUGGAUACAAA